UUAAGUUAAGUUUAGAGCUACAAUAUGGCUUUCGGGGGCGACUCUAGCUGAUGUAUGUCCUCUACACAAGUUAAGUUAAGCCUCACAGUUUAUUUCAGGGUAAUUAAAAAUGUAUGGACGAGCUUCCAGAGUAACCUGCUUCACACCGAGCGGCGCUUCUUCUUCUACGGUUGGCCCCGGAUCGUAUGACGUACAGUACAAAGCUAAAUGUAGCUCAGAUUUAGUCCCAUUUCUGUCUUUGACCAGAAGACCGCUGUUUAUCAAUGAGUCCAGUAAGGAAAGACCAGGACCUGGACAUUAUGACCCCACUCCUGUUAAGUCGAAUGUCCACGGCGGCUGCAGUCUUCAGAACCGCUCCAAGCGUUUUGAGGAGUUAGUAUCAAAGGUUCCGGGUCCUGGGGCCUACAAUGUGCUGCCGGCCUCAGGAAACACACCCAGGGCUGGGACCCCUAAUGCGGGACAGGCCCAGAAGCUUGGCAGACAAACGUGGCUGCAGGCCAAAAGUCUGCGACUGGUUCGUCAGUCAGAUAUCCCCUCCAUUCCUUCCCCGGGCCAGGCCUUUGGCUAUGAGGAGGUUGCCGUGGGUGUACUCAGCAAGCAGCAGCCCCCUCGCAGGGACACAACCCUUGGGCCAGCCUACUACAAUCCACUGCUGUCAGAGGUGAGUUCUGCUCAGAAGUAUAAAGGAGUCCACUUUGGCAACAUGACAGGGUCGAGACAGGAGCUGGCAGUGAAUGAAGGACCAGGUCCAGGACAUUAUCACCCUGAACUAAACACUAAAACAGAGUACGUGAAUGUGAACCUUCAAAAGGAGCAGAAAGGCAGAGCCGAGCUCAUCAUCCCUCGAUAUCACGAGCUGGUGCCCCGGCAAGAGGAAAAGAAGGGGGUUCCUGGUCCGGGCCACUACCAAAUCAGAAGUCAGUUUGAGACACCUGAGAAGUCCUGCGGUAACCUCCCAAAGUCCACCAGCUCCUUCCUGUCUCAGACUGAG